CUGUUCAUAGUUUGCCAGCCACUCUGUCUGAAUCAGGAAUCAGCUGGUUGCAGAACAAAAUUCUACGUAUGCUAGUUCAAGUAAGAAGUUAAUAGGGCUUCCCUGGUGGCGCAGUGGUUUAGAAUCCGCCUGCCAAUGCAGCGGACACAGGUUCCAGCCCUGGUCUUGGAAGAACUCACAUGCUGCAGAGCAACUAAGCCUGUGUGCCACAACUACUGAGCCUGUGCUCUAGAGCCUGCGAGCCACAACUAUGGAGCCCAUGUGCCACAACUACUGAAGCCCACUUGCCUAGAGCCCAUGCUCCGCAACAAGAGAAGCCACUGCAAUAAGAAGCCUGCACACUGCAGUGAAGAGUAGCCCCCCCGUCUCCACAACUACAGAAAGCCCACACACAGCUGUGAAGACCCAGCACAGCCAAUAAAUUAAAUAAACAAACAAACAAAUAAAGUUAAAAAAGAAAAAAAGAAGUUAAUGGAAGAGGAGAGAAGCUAUUGCCAGUAUCCAGGGAAUUUCCUAUAACAUGAUUAAAAUUUGAAAAAUGCAGAAAGAUAACAAACCCAGAAAUUUACUAUCUGGUACCAACUGCUACAAAAGACCAAAAGAAAAAGAAAAAGGGUUUUUACUCUACAUAGACCCUAUAAGAUUUGGCUAUGUCCUUCAUAUUUGACUGGAUUUACAGUGGUUUCAGCAGUGUGCUACAGUUUUUAGGAUUAUAUAAGAAAACUGGUAAAUUGGUAUUCCUUGGAUUGGAUAAUGCAGGAAAAACAACAUUGCUACACAUGCUAAAGGAUGACAGACUUGGACAACAUGUCCCAACGUUACAUCCCACUUCAGAAGAAUUAACCAUUGCUGGCAUGACCUUUACAACUUUUGAUCUGGGUGGACAUGUUCAAGCUCGAAGAGUGUGGAAGAACUACCUCCCUGCUAUCAAUGGCAUUGUAUUUCUGGUGGAUUGUGCAGACCAUGAAAGACUGUUAGAAUCAAAAGAAGAACUUGAUUCAUUAAUGACAGAUGAAACUGUUGCUAAUGUGCCUAUACUGAUUCUUGGCAAUAAGAUCGACAGACCUGAAGCCAUCAGUGAAGAGAGGUUGCGAGAGAUGUUUGGUUUAUAUGGUCAGACAACAGGAAAGGGCAGUGUAUCUCUGAAAGAACUGAAUGCCCGGCCCUUAGAAGUUUUCAUGUGUAGUGUGCUCAAAAGACAAGGCUAUGGAGAAGGCUUCCGCUGGAUGGCGCAGUACAUUGAUUAACACCAGCCCACAUCGGUUCCAGGUCUCACCAUUCAGACCUACUCAGAGAUUUGAUCGCUCAACAUGCAUAACUUGAAUUCAAUAGACUUUUGUUGGUUAGAAAACAGGUGUUUUUUAGAUUAUUAAUAUUUUGUCAACUUAAUUUGAGUGAGAAUUGAAAACUGAUUCAAGGAAGUUUGAAUAUCACAAUGUUAGCUUUCUAAUUCCAUAAAAAUAAUUAGUUUUUACAGUUUAUAAUCUGACAUUACUCCCAGCACCAUUUUUAGAGAGCAACUUUCCAGACUACAUUUGAAGCACUUUUUAACAAUAUGAAAUUACAAAUAUAAACCAUAUUUAAAAGCUCAUCAUGUUAAAUUUUUUAUGUACUUUUUUCGAACUGGUUUUUAAAUUUUAGAUUAUAUGUCCACCUAUCUUAAGUGAACAGUUAAUGAUUAGCUUAUUUAUGAUUGCAUGACGCCUUACAGUUUUCAUUAUUUUUUCUUAUGCAAACGUCAUGCAAUAAAGCAAACUGUAAUGUUUG